AUGGAGCACAGUGUGUUUCUCCUGCUGCUGUUCCCAGGAAUUGGGGGGCUCUGCACACCGUGUUCCUGCCUCUCUCAUCAGUAUCACUUUGUGAACAUAGAGAAGAGCUGGACUGAAGCACAGAGUUACUGCAGACAGAACUACACUGACCUGGCCACCAUAGACAGCACAGAGGAAAUGAACAGCCUGAUGGAAGCUGUAGGCAGUGCUGAUGUUAAAGAAUAUGCCUGGAUAGGACUGGAGAGGGGAAGCUCCUGGAAGUGGCAGUGGUCUCUGGCGGACCCAGAUAAUCUGAUCCUGGUCCGUGAGAAUAAGAGCUGGAAUGAAGCCCUGAGCUACUGCAGACAGCACCAUGUAGACCUGGUCUCCGUGUCCACAGAGCAGCUCCAGCACUGGGUGGAGAGGAGGGCUCAGACGGCCUCCACGCCUUACGUGUGGCUGGGCCUGCGCUACACCUGCGUCCUGCACUUCUGGUUCUGGGUCAGCGGGGAGGGCGUCUGCUACCAGAACUGGGCUCCGGGGAACGGUACCGGGGAGUGUGGGAACACGGGGGCAGUAGAAUCAGGAGGGGGGCGUCAGUGGGUCAGCCUGCCCGAAACUGAGGAGCUGAACUUCAUCUGCAGCAAUGCUACAGGUGAGUCUGGGACAGAGACCUCCUCACAACAAGCUGCAGGAUCUCCUGCAGGAUGA